CAUCAGCAUGGGCCUCGGCGCAUACCUGGCCGCCGUCACAGAGAGCAAGACGUACGAGGUGGAAGAAGCGCGCGAGCGGCGCGAGGUGGACGAGAUGCCGGCGGCCGAGGAGCGCGAGAUCUACGACAUCUUCGACGAGUACGGGCUGGAGCGGACGACGGUGCGGCCGGUGGUGGAGGCGCUGAAGAAGGACAAGGAGAUGUGGGUCAAGUUCAUGAUGGAUUUCGAGCUGAAGCUGGAGAAGCCGGCGCUUAAUCGCGCGUGGAUCUCGGCGCUGGUUAUGGGGCUUUCGUAUUUCCUCGGCGGCCUCGUCCCCAUGCUCCCCUACUUCAUCUUCAACGACAUCCACACCGCCCUCUUCACCAGCAUCGCUAUCACCGUCGUCGUCCUCCUCGUCUUCGGCUACGUCAAGGCUCGCGCCACCGGCUGCCCGCUCUCGGCCUGCGUGUAUAGCGCUGUGCAGACGCUGCUGGUGGGCGCGUUGGCGGCCGCGACCAGCUAUGGAAUUGUGCGGGGCGUGGAUUCGCUGAAGCCGGGGAGUGAUUAGGUUUGGUUUGUUAGUAGUGGGGGAGGGGUAAUGGUUUUGACUCGUUGUGGAAGGGGAUAGAGCGUACGAAGUUUAUUGGUUGGUUGACUGGUUGCUAGAGGGAGGUGGGAAGGGUGGCUUUGUGUCAUUCCGGCUUUGCGGCUUUGCGCCUUUGCGGUGCUGUGUACUAUAUUAUGAAUACCCUGCCGUGCGGUGGUGGCGGCGGUGGUGGUGGCUGAGCUGAGCUGUUGUUGUUGCUGCUGCUACUACUGUUACUGCUGCUGAAAAGUUUUGUUUUGUUGACAUUUGUUUGCGUUUGAUGAAUUCUGGGUUGGUUUGUGGGUGUGGGUGUUAAGACUUGUGGGGGAGAGGUGUGGUGAUGAUGUGAGAGGAGUAGGUGGGCAGUGAGUCGUGACCGACUGAGUAGAUAGGAUGCUAGUGGUAGAGAUUCCGGGUUGAUUAAGGUUCUCGGACUGUUUCAGGUGAUUGAAUAAGCUGAUUGCU